CACCGAUUCGCCGACAGCAGUUUUUUUUCCCUUAAUCAUUUCAGAAUUCUGCAGGGCAGUGCCUUCAUAAAAAAAAAAAAAAAAAAAACCUAUAUAAGAGAGAAGCAGAUUAGACACCUUAACUGCAUCGUAUGACGGCGCCAUAAACAUUAUAUUGAGCUUAUUUUAUUCGUCCUACUAGUACUGCAAAGACACAUUCAGAAUGCCUGGAAACCACUGGGGAUACGGAGACGAAAACGGUCCUGAUAAAUGGCACAAGGAUUAUCCCAUUGCCCAGGGAAGCCGUCAGUCUCCCAUAGACAUUGUCCCUUCCCAGGCUGUAUACGAGGCCAGCCUCUCCUCUCUGAACAUCUCCUACAACUGCUGCACAUCUAUCAACAUUUCCAACAAUGGACACUCUGUCAUGGUGGAGUUCGCUGACGUUGACGACAAGACAGUGAUCCGAGAUGGCCCCCUGGAAGUCCCCUACAGGUUGAAACAGUUCCAUUUCCACUGGGGAGGGAAGAACAGUUAUGGGUCAGAGCACACCGUCAAUGGCAAGUCCUACGUCUCUGAGCUUCAUCUGGUCCACUGGAACGCUACAAAGUACAAGACCAUCCAGGACGCUGCAGCGGCCCCCGAUGGCUUGGCUGUCCUCGGCAUCUUCAUUGAGAUUGGGGAUGAGCACCCAGGUUUGCACAAACUAACAGAUGCCCUAUACAUGGUCAAGUUUAAAGAAACAAAGGCAGACUUUAAGGGCUUCAACCCCAAGUGCCUCCUCCCCAAUAACCUGAGUUACUGGACAUACCCCGGCUCCCUCACCACGCCCCCCCUGCUCGAGAGCGUCACAUGGAUCGUUCUCAAGGAGCCAAUCAGGGUUUCAGAGAAACAGAUGGAGAAGUUCCGAAUGCUUCUGUUCACGGGUGAAGAGGAGGACCGGCUAUGCAUGGUAAAUAACUUCCGCCCCCCACAGCCCCUCAAGGGCAGGAAAGUCCGAGCCUCCUUCAAGUAAUAAACUUCUUGGAGAGUGACACAGGGACCCACUGAGACACUGCUCCCAUCACCUCCAGCUGAGCAGCCCUGAGCCUCCUGCGUGAAGCUGCAUUUCCAAGAAAAAUGGUUCCACUGUGCAGCAGUGGAGCCAGUGUGGUCAAGAAGAGAAAUGUUUUGGGGGGUGGGGGGGUGGCUUCCUUUCCUCGCGACAUAACAUGACUUUGAUUGUAAAAGUUUGUCAAGCAGACAUUCAAUGAUAGCCUUCAGCAAUGAAGGCAUUAUUUGAAAUGUUAGCUUACAUUUUAAUUUCUUAAAGUAGUCAAUCAAUUAUAAUAGCCUUAGUAGUUGUAGUCAAUGAUGCCUACAUAUACAGAACAUUUUGUAUCUAGAUUUAUACUACCAGCAAUGAAUUGACUUUGCAUGCACCAAUACUCGGUCGGAAUCAUUAAUGGCUAAGAUUACAGGAGGAAAGUUACAGUGACAUGGGACAAAUUCUACUUCUAGGGAGAAUUUGCAUCGCCACAAAUGACAAAGGGAACAUGCUGGAACUAUUGCUGAAACCAUGAUUUUUUUAUUGCCAGGCUUGUUGUGCAUGCAUUUCACACUGUGGUCUAUAGAAUGGUCAAGGAGUUUAAACUGUAUAACAGGCAAAAUGCAUUGUUUUUCAGGAAAUAUUAUGUAUCAAUACAUAUUGCCAUUCAUAGUGUACAUAACUAGAAACAAUAAUCAUGUUUCAUUCUCUGUGUGUUUCAUUAUGUGUAACCUUCUAUAUAUGUUAAUGGUUUAUAAGAAGCAUGAUGAAAUUAUAGCUAGAACUGGGUCAAAGAAUUCCCAUGUCAGUGAUUGACUUGUUAUUUAUGCAGCUGUCAAGUGCAAGAUUGUUUUUUUUUUUCAUAAAACAGUUUUAUGGAAAGGUGUGAAUGUAUUUAACUAUGAAAUUGAAUUGUUUUAUCUUGAAAUCCAGUUCUAAUAAAGUUAUUGAGUGAAUGAGA